CGACCGACCUAAGCCAAAGGUUUGCUUUGCUUGUAUAUAUAGCCCCCGGUACGGGGAUCUCAAAACACAAAGCAAACCCAGAACCCCGGCAAGGAUCAACAGUAGUACUAUCUAUCUGUUUAUCUAUCUCCUCUGCUUGCAUCUCUCCUUCCAGCUUCCAAGCCGCGAUGGCCGCCAUGAGGAUCACCCUCCUUGCCGUGGCCGCGAUGGCCGCCGUCCUGGGCACCGCGUCGGCGGCGACCUACAACGUCGGGGAGCCGGGCGGCGCGUGGGACCUGAGAACCGACUACGGCAGCUGGGUGUCCUCCAAGAAGUUCCACCCGGGCGACGCGAUCGUGUUCAAGUACUCCCCGACGCAGCACGACGUGCUUGAGGUGAGCAAGGCCGACUACGACUCCUGCAACACCAACAGCCCCAUCGCCACGCACACCACCGGCAACGACAACGUGGCCCUCACCUCCACCGGCACCCGCUACUUCAUCUGCGGCUUCCCUGGCCACUGCACCACCACCGGCACCGGCCUCAUGAAGGUCAAGAUCGAAGUUACGCCCGGAUCAUCUUCGCCCGCCCCGGCCGCUGGUCCCGGCGCUAGCAACUCUCCCCCACCGCCGUCAUCUGCCGCUACCUCUAUUGGAGCCACCGCAGGCUUCGGCCUCGCCGCCGUCCUGCUCGCCGGUCUCAUGGCUUGAUGCUUUCUCUGGUUUGAUGUUACCUACACGCGCACAUAUGUGCUUAUACAUAGAGUCAUAGACACAUAGUCAUUUAGUAGUUUUUACCGUUGUGUGUAUUUGAUCUUGUGUACAUUGAUUUUUGGAGGAUGAAUAAAGGAGAUUUGCUAUUUAUAAA